AUCACGUGUUAUGUGUGGGAGUGCGGAAAUUAUAAAUACCGGUGACCUGCACAUUGCCAGUUGUUAUUUCUCGGUUGGAACAGUACACAGACACCUCUCUGUAUUGGAAUGUCCUGCUUACUUCACUCAUAAAUGACAAUGACAAACACCGACAGCUACAAGAUGACCCAGUGGGAGGAACUGCUGAAGCGGAACUUAAUCCAGGGCCGGUUGAGUCAGUUGUAUGAGAGAAAAUUCCCCAGACACAUCCGCCACUCUCUGUGCCUCUGCAUAGAGAGCCAGGACUGGGAUUUGGCAGCUUUGGAUGAAAAUAAAGCAAGAGCUUGUUUCCAUGCACUCCUCAUGUAUUUGGAUGAACAGUGGAAUCAUUCUCUCCAGGAGAACAACUUUUUACCAGGACCUGAUUUUCCAGGGAUGAAAGACUACUUGGUGAAACACUUUCAAGAUGAGCCACUGAACUUGGCUGUAAUCCUCUCUGAAUGCCUACAGGAGGAAAAGAAAGUUCUGGCUUCAGCCUCUGAGAAACAGGGUUGUGGCAGUCCAGCUGUGCAACAGAAAUGGAAAGAGCUGGACAGAGGAGUCAAUGAACUGAAAAGACAGAUUUCGGAGGUAAAGAAGGAAGUUAAGUCACUGGAGUUCCUGUAUGAAAACCUUGACUAUGUACAGAAGACCUGGCAAAACAAAGUGGAGCAGGACAGUGGAUUGGCCCAGUCCAAUGCUGCUGUGAAAGAGGGGUGUCUGAAGCAGGCCAACUUUAUCAUGCAAACAAAGCAGAUGAUGCUGCAGCAGAUAGUGAACAUUUUAAACCAGGCAGAGCAGAUUGUUGCAGCUCUCACUGAUGUGGAGCUGCCUGAGUGGAAGCGCAGGCAGCAGCUGGCCUGCAUUGGAGGUCCAGUCGACACCAGUCUGGACCACCUCGAGGAGUGGUUCACAGCUGUGGCAGACGUGCUAAUACAAGUAAACCAAGAGCUGCAGAAACUACAAGACCAGAGCAAGAAAUACAACAGCCCUGAUGCCUCCAGCUUCCCUGGAGAAACUGAGAACUUUACACUGUCCUUACUCACAAAACUUCUGGCAAAUGCUCUAGUGGUGGAGAAACAACCCGUCAUGUCGAGUUUACCACAACGACCUCUGAUUCUUAAGACCGGGGUGCGGUUCACAGCAGCAGUCAGGUUCUUGGCAAAUCUCCCUGAAUUCAAGUGCCGGGUUAAAGUAAAACCUGUAUUUGACAAGGAUGUUGAAGAAACCACAGCUGUUCAUGGGCUCCGUCACUUUGCUUUCAACAGGGAUAACAGUAAGGUGUUGGAUGUGGACAGGCCUGAUGGAGGCUUGGUGGCAGAAUUUGCGCACAUGUCACUCAAGGAAAGCAAAACAAGACCCAGAGGAUCAUGUGAGCAGAGUCGCCUGGGCGUCACUGAAGAACUCCAUGUCAUUAAGUUUGUGACAGAGCUCCAGUUUGCUGGACUGAGUUGUAACAUCGAGGCCAGCUCCCUGCCUGUGGUUGUCAUCUCCAGUACCAGUCAGAUCCCCAGUGCCUGGGCCUCUGUCAUGUGGUGUAACAUGCUGUCCACCAGCGAACCAAGGAACCUGUCAUUGUUUGUCGACCCUCCUCCACUCACCUGGCAGCAGCUGUCACAGGUUCUGAGCUGGCAGUUUUUGUCUGUUGGCCAACGAGGACUUGAUGAAGAUCAGCUCUCCAUGCUGAGAGACAAAAUUGUGGAUUUCUCCACAGAUAAUCCUGAUGGUAUUAUUCAUUGGGACAAGUUCUCCAAGAAUGAAAGUGUCUGGAUUUGGAUUGAUGGAAUCCUGGAUUUGAUCAAAAGACACCUAGUGGAUCUUUGGCAGGAUGGGUACAUCAUGGGGUUCGUAAGCAGGAAGACAACAUGGGACCUGUUGAAGGAAAAACCGACUGGGACCUUUCUGAUUCGCUUUAGCGAGAGCAGUAAAGAAGGAGCUGUCACUUUCAGCUUUGUUGAACACUCCAAUGGUGAGAACAAUGUGCAUGCAGUAGAGCCCUACACCAAGAAGGAUCUGUUGGCCCAGUCUCUGCCAGACAGUAUUGACAGCUAUCGAAUGAAGGAGGACUUGACCAGGAAUCCUCUGCUGUAUCUCUACCCAGACAUCCACAGAGACACUGCCUUUGGACGCUACUACAGCACUGAAAAGGCACCUAUAACGGGGUACGUCACCAGAAGACGUGUCCAAGUCGCAGACUAUCCUACGCCACCUCCAUCUCCACCUCCGGUGCGCAUGGACAUCGACCCAGAUGUAAGUGCAGAGCAAGUGAUUCAGGAACUCUUCCACGAUAUCUAUGAUUCAUGUGGAUCUCCUGUAUGGUUGACAUCUUAUCAAGAUACACCACUAACUCAGUAUUUUUAAUCCUAUUAGCUCCAUCUGACAAUGGACCGGGUCUUUGUGUUAGAAUCAGAAAGUGGAAUGGAAAAGAAUCCACUACGUGCAUUGUCAUUUUACACUGAUUUUGUUCUACAUGUUUUGGUGCAGGUAUUUGUACAAUACAAAACAACAAAAAAAUUU